AUGGCGGCCAAGUUCGCCUUUGAAUUUGCGGGGGAUCUCCUGCGCAGAGCGGCAGAAGACUCAGAUCCGGAGGAUGAUGCGCCGGAGCCAGAAAAGAAGGAGUUUUUCAGCUCCUGGGCCUUGUUUAUUUUGAUCAUGCUCUUGAUUUGCGCGCUGUUCACAAGUUAUAUUCUCCAGCAAAGGAAGAUCCAGGCUGUUCAUGAAACGGUGCUGUCAAUAUUCGGCGGGAUGUUUGUCGGCCUGAUUAUUCGAUUGACUCCUCCGUCGCCGAUUCAAGAUAGUGUCACGUUUGACUAUCAGUUCUUCUUCAAUUUGCUUCUACCGCCGAUUAUUCUGGCGUCGGGAUAUGAGCUACACCAGGCAAAUUUCUUUCGCAAUAUUGGCACUAUCUUGACGUUCGCUUUCGCGGGUACAUUCAUAUCGGCAAUCGUCUUGGGUCUUAUCCUGUAUCUAUGGACGCGAAUUCCCCUGGACGGAUUGAACAUCAGUUUCGUCGAAGCCAUUUCUGUCGGCGCGACUCUCUCGGCCACCGACCCCGUGACCAUUCUCGCAAUUUUCAAUCUAUAUAAAGUCGAGCCGAAACUGUAUACUGUGAUCUUUGGCGAGUCGAUCUUGAACGAUGCCGUCGCCAUCGUCUUGUUUGAGACUGCCCAGAAAUAUGCCGAAAACGAUGCGGCGAAGCUUACUGUCCUCAACCUGUUUGAGGCCAUUGGGCUUUUCUUACUGGUUUUCUUUGGCAGUAUGCUGAUCGGAAUGCUUGUUGGAGUUGCGACUGCGCUGGGUCUCAAAUAUACACAUGUCCGUCGUAUGCCGAAGAUCGAAAGCUGUCUGAUUGUUUUGAUCGCUUAUGCAGCCUACUUCUUCUCCAACGGAAUCUAUCUUUCCGGCAUUGUUUCCCUGCUCUUCUGCGGAAUCACGCUUAAACACUACGCUUAUUACAACAUGUCUCGAAGGACGCAACUCACCACCAAAUACCUAUUCCAGGUGAUGUCGCAACUAAGCGAGAACUUUAUCUUCAUCUACCUAGGCUUGGAUCUUUUUGUUGAAUCUGACCUCCAGUUUAAGCCGCUCUUUAUCAUCGUUGCUGUCGUGGGCAUCUGUUUUGCGCGAUACCUUUCUGUAUUCCCACUAUCAAAGGCGGUGAAUUGGUUCAUUCGCUACCGAGCACGACGGCGUGGAAAGGAUGUAGCGGACGAACUACCGUUCUCGUACCAGGCCAUGCUGUUCUGGGCGGGAUUGCGUGGUGCAGUCGGAGUUGCGCUGGCGGCUGGCAUGUCCGGUGUAAACGCACCUGCAUUGAGGGCGACGGUGCUGGUCGUGGUCGUGCUGACGGUCAUUAUAUUUGGAGGCACCACUGCCCGUAUGCUGGAAAUACUUGGAAUUCGCACCGGAGUGGUGGAGGAAGUUGACUCGGAUGACGAAUUCGAUAUCGAAGUCACUCACGGUGGCACGUACUAUAAACGAGCAAACAGCUCUGGCAUUGGCUACACCCCGCGUGCCAAUGAUCGCACAAUUCCACUGGACAUUGUCGGCGAUCGCCCAGGUAUACCAACCACGGAUAGCUACUCCAGUGGCAACAAUCGCCGACCGAGCCCUCCGUCUCGGUCAAGGAGUUCCGUGCGCAAGGCGAAUGCAUUCCACCCCAAAGAUCGCGAAGCGCGUCGAGACCAAACCUCAACCCAGGGACUUCUAGGAGUAGUUUCCGGGAGCAGGAGUGGAAGCGAGAUUGGCAGCGAUGAGGACAUCGCUGCCGUGCGCGGGCAGAACCGAACCGGAAAACAAGUGGGAGUUGAUAUCGACGAUGACUUUGAAUUGGACGUUGAUCCAAUCUCUGACGACGAUCUGCCUCCGGCAGCACCAUCCACCUCUCGCCUCCGCCGCUCGCCGUCUCAGCCUCAGACCCAAACCCUUAACACAUCAAGCAGCGCUUCCCCUGCUCGGCGCGUCGCGGAGCGUGAGCCGAUAAGCGCUCGCAAUGCGCUUCGGGAACUGUUCUCGGGCGGACCUACAGGCGACCAUGCAGAAUGGUUCCGACAGUUGGAUGAAGACUAUAUCAAGCCUACGCUGCUUCUCGACCAGUCUAACCAUAAAGGACCGGGGGCUGUAUGA